AGCAGGAUAGUUUGAGAGUUGAAUUUAUUUGUUCCAUCAUCUUCUUCACUUGGAUAUGCCAGCUUUACUUCCUAACAAACCAGCACCAGUAUUCAAAGGGAAAGCUCUCGUUGAUGGUGUCUUCAAGGAUAUCAGUUUAGACGAUUAUUGGGGAAAAUAUGUUGUGUUAUUUUUCUAUCCAGCUGACUUCACAUUCGUGUGUCCAACAGAGAUCAUCGCAUUCAGUGAUCAGGUGGAAGAAUUCAAGAGUAGAAAUUGUCAAGUGAUCGCCUGUUCCACUGAUUCUGAAUUCUGUCACCUCGCAUGGACAAAUAUGGAUCGGAAAUCAGGUGGAUUGGGAGAGAUGAAAAUCCCCUUGUUGGCUGACAAGACGAAAUCGAUCUCGAGAGCCUACGGUGUGUUGGAUGAAGAAGAGGGAAAUGCAUUCAGAGGUCUAUUCAUCAUCGACAAAAAAGGUAUUCUGCGUCAAAUAACAAUCAAUGACAAACCAGUUGGAAGAUCCGUCGAUGAAACACUGCGAUUACUCGAUGCAUUCCAGUUUGUUGAGAAGCAUGGUGAAGUUUGUCCUGUCAAUUGGAAACGUGGUGAACGCGGAAUUAGAGUUGAUCAUUAAGUAACGAAUUGAAAUAACUUUUUUAUUCUGUCGUUUGUGAUGUCUGUUUACAAUUUUGUUUCGAAGUCUUUCUUCAGUGUGUCAAUUACUGAAUACUCAUAUCAGUAAUUUCUACUGACAGGUUAUUGUAAACAAUAUAAUUUUUAAUCUAUUCA